AUGCACUCAAUUUUUCUUGUGUUAUGUUUGUCUCAUGUUUUGAUGACUAACUCAGUCUUGUUUGUGCAGCCAUUAUGCCAUGAAGAUGAGAGGUCAGCCUUGUUACAAUUCAAGCUUGGUUUUUCAAUUGAAAAGUUUGCAGCUGAAGACCCUUCUGCUUAUCCAAAAAUGGAAUCAUGGAAGAUAGAAGGUGAGCAUGGCAAUUGCUGCUCGUGGCAUGGCAUCAAAUGUGAUGAGAUAACAGGUCAUGUGAUUGGGCUCAAUAUCAGUAGCAGCUUUAUUUAUGGUUCCAUCGACUCCAACAGGAGCCUCUUCAGACUCGUUCAUCUGCGGCGACUCAACCUUGCUGGCAACAAUUUCAAUUACUCUAAAGUUCCUUCCACAAUUGGGAGUCUUCCUAGGCUAACCCAUCUUGACCUCCUCAACUCUAAAUUUUCUGGGGAAUUCCCAAGAGGCAUUUUCCUACUACCAAAGUUACAAUUCCUAACGGUCCAAUACCACUUGCACUUGGUCAGCUAG